CCCAGGCCAGAGCCCAACACCAAACAGCCACAACCAGAUUUAUUCACCACCCCCACUGUUUACACCAAUAUCAGCACUACAAACACAUCCAAAAUGACAAAGGACAACCUCAUUGGCAUCUUCCGCUGCGAUUACUCGCUAACUCUGAAGCACAAGUAUGGCGACUUUGCCGACCAGUCAGCCCAGGUUAUGAGGAAUGCCGGGUAUGAAGGUGAUUUCAAGGUCUAUGACGUUAUCAAGUCACAGUAUCCCACUGAGGAAGAGUUGGCACAGCUGAAGGGGAUAUGGAUCACCGGCUCGGUCGACGAUGCGUUUGGAGAUGUUCCAUGGAUCAAUGAGCUGUGUGAUUAUCUCUACAAGUUGUAUACGACCCACCCAGGCAUUCGUAUCGUUGGCAUAUGCUUUGGCCAUCAAAUCAUCGGUAGGGUGUUUGGCUGUGGCGUUGGUCGCAACCCUAAGGGCUGGGAGUUUGGAACGUAUCCAGUUGAGGUGUCCAAGGACAGUGACGUUCAAGAGCUAUUUGAACAGGUGAAGGGGUCGUUCAAGAUUGUUGAGGUUCAUCAGGAUGUCGUCUUCGACAUCCCACCCGGGUUUAAGUCCAUUGGCUCUACACAGCUAGCACCAGUCCAAGGCUUAUAUCAAAGGGACAGGGUCUUGACUUUCCAAGGACACCCGGAGUUCACGCUAGCAUUCCUCGUUGAUCUUUUGGAUGCUCGAAGCAAAGCCGGCAAAUUCACAGAUGAGCAGGUCAAACGUUUUGAAACUAGGCUGAUUGCAGAUCAAGGUGUCGAGAUAACUAGAGUCAUACUGAAAUUCCUUCUGGAAACAAGAACAAACCGCUUGGUUAAUUAGAGAAUGAUAUAGUAUAGAACAACGGCACAGCUUUCUCCUCAUGUAAACUCUGGUCUCAAAUCAGAACGACGUGGUGCAACCAGAGGAUGUAGCUGUGCGAGGUAGGUGAUGGCCCACAUCAAAAACAUCAUUCCAAGCGUCAAUGAAACAGUGCUUCUCCAAACAGUUUGGUUCUCCUUUGGAGCAAACUUCCAAAACACUGCACCGGAGACAAGCGUUAUAAAGAACACUACCCACACAGUUGUUCCGCUCAUUUGGUGCUAUCCCUGUUGACGUUCUAGAAGGUGGUGUUGGUUGUUGAUG